CGUUGGUAUUGUGGUAGACGUCUGAUGGAAAAUGUAAUGAAAUAUGGAUCUCUCAGGGGAUUUGUGGCACUUAAAUAAAGCAAGAAAUAUUCCUUGCAGUGCUUGUGUAACGUGAUUCACAUCUAAAUGGCGUGCAAGAAAAUAUCCCUAAUGAAAUUCAAGGACGGUGUUAUUUCAAUGUCAAUCUCAUCUGUUUCAUUUUCGUCAUCAGUAAACAUGGCGGAUAGAAGCCAGUUUUAUUCCAUCUGAACGAAUGUGAUUAGUUGUUACCUGAAAUGUUUUCGGCGCCCUCAACAUCAGAGACGCACAGCUAUGAUUUCGAGAAAGAAGAAAAUGCCGCAAAAUGGAAAGGAGUUUUUGUCAAUUCACUGCGCAAGGUGCUGGAGCAGGUGCAUCAUUCACUUACGGCGCGUGACGACGCCCUCGACUACGUCGAAAGUCUCAUCUUACGAUUGUUGGGAAUGUUGUGCGCACGCCCCUCCCCCCAUACAGUGCAGGAUGUGGAGGAUAGGGUACGGCGCACCUUCCCAACACCCAUUGACAAAUGGGCACUGGCCGACGCGAAAGAAGCGUUGGAGCGUGGGAAGAAAAAAUGUGUGUUGCCCGUUGACAAGAUACAUCACAUGCUUCAGAAGGAAGUUCUACAGUACAAAAUUGAUUCUCAGGUCUCUCUGUAUCUAGCAGCAGUUCUUGAAUACAUCUCAGCUGAUAUUUUAAAGUUGGCUGGGAAUUAUGUCAAAAAUAUUCAUCAUGUUGAAAUUUCAUGCCAGGAUAUUAGAGUUGCAAUGUGUGCUGACAAGGUGCUGAUGGACAUGUUCUACCAAGACGACGAUGGAGUUUCUGCUGGUGGUGCCGAUGACGUAGAUCCUCUGACGCCUCGCACGUCACUCACGUACGAAGAGGUCGUAAAAGACCUAAUUCAUGAUGAGAAGCAGUAUUUACGUGAUUUACACAUGAUAAUCAAAGUAUUCCGUGAAGAAAUUGCAAAACUUGUCAGUUCUGACAGUAAGGAGCUCGACGCAAUGUUUAGUAAUAUAAUGGACAUUUAUGAACUGACUGUAACUUUCUUGGGUUCAUUGGAAGAUAUGGUUGAGAUCAGUGAAGAGAAACAAGUACCUGCGAUUGGAAGCUGCUUUGAAGAAUUAGCAGAGGCUGCCGAAUUUGAUGUCUACGGGAGGUAUGCACGUGACAUCACACAGCCACAGAGCAGAGAGGCGCUAAUGAAGCUCAGCAGUCGGCCCGAAGUCUCUGAUGCUCUUCAGUCGGCUGGCCAUGGAUUCAGAGAAGCUGUGAAGUAUUACCUUCCAAAGCUGCUGCUUGGUCCUAUUUGGCACUGUUUUCUGUACUUCGACUAUAUAAAGAUUUUGCAUAGAUUGACACCCAUUGACGAAGACAGAGAGAGCUUGGAACAGGUGGAAGGCCUGUUGAAGCCACUUCAAACGGAACUUUUGCAGACAGUUGGAAACUUACCAAAGAGAGAGAGUGGAAUUCGAAUGCAUGGUAGAGUGAGGAGACAGAUUGCUCUGGAUAAGACAAAUGAACUUCAAAAAUCAAUAGACGGUUGGGAAGGGAAGGACAUUGGCCAAUGCUGCAAUGAAUUUAUUCGUGAGGAUGUGUUGGGAAAAGUUGGUAGUGGUCGAAGACUGACUGAAAGGCGUGUUUUUCUCUUUGAUGGCUUGAUGGUACUGUGCAAGCCCAACAGUAAACGCACAUCUGUAUCUGUUACGGGUCCUGUCGGAGGCGAGUUUCGCCUCAAGGAACGCUUCUUUAUCCGUAAAGUGGAAAUUGUUGAUCGAGAGGAUACUGAAGAGCUGAAGAAUGCAUUUGACAUUGCACCAAGAGUUCAGCCCAGUGUUACUCUUGUUGCAAAGUCUGUUGAAGAUAAGAACAACUGGAUGGCAGAUUUGGUCAUGCUCAAUACCAAAAGCAUGUUGGAACGCACAUUGGAUAGCAUACUCUUGGAUGAAGAGAAGAAACAUCCCUUGCGACUACCUUCGCCAGAUAUUUACAGGUUUGCUGAAAGUGAUUGCAAGGACAACAUUGUCCUUGAAGAAAGAGAAAAUGCUGGUGUCCCACUUAUUAAGGGAGCCACACUGUAUAAAUUGGUCGAGAGGCUAACUUAUCAUAUAUAUGCUGAUCCCAUGUUUGUACGCACUUUUCUCACAACCUACAGAAGCUUCUGUUCGCCACAGGAACUCCUUGGUCUCCUGGUAGAGAGAUUUAACAUUCCCGAUCCAUCCAUCGUGUAUGAGGAUAAUAAAGAUUCAUUAGAGUCAGAUAAGACGCUAAAAAAUUCACAGCGAGAAGACUGGAAAAGGUAUCGAAAAGAGUACUGUCAGCCAGUACAGUUCAGGGUGCUAAACGUACUAAGACAUUGGGUAGAUCAUCAUUUUUAUGACUUUGAAAGGGAUCCAGCAUUGUUAGAGCAACUUAACAAUUUUUUAAAUACAGUAAAUGGAAAAUCAAUGAGGAAGUGGGUCGAUUCAGUGUUGAAAAUUGUGCAGCGAAAGUCUGAUCCAGCUGAACAGCAGAGAGAAAUUAGAUUUGCUUUUGACCGUUCGCCACCUCCGACUGAAUGGCAUAUCCGCUGCCCUGAAGAAGAAUGGAAUAUUCUGACUCUACAUCCAAUAGAAAUUGCUCGUCAGCUGACAUUGUUGGAGUUCGAACUCUACAGGGCAGUAAAACCAUCAGAACUUGUUGGAAGUGUGUGGACCAAAAAGGAAAAAGAACAGACUUCCCCGAACCUUCUUCGCAUGAUCAAACAUACGACAAAUUUCACACGAUGGCUAGAAAAAAAUAUUGUGGAAGCAGAAAACUUUGAAGAAAGAGUUGCAAUAGUAUCUCGGAUAAUUGAGAUUAUGUUAGUUUUACAGGAACUGAACAAUUUUAAUGGUGUAUUGGCUGUUGUGUCGGCAAUGGGCUCUGCAUCAGUCUUCAGGCUUAAAUUUACUUUCCAGGCCAUAUCAGCUCGUUUGGAGAAAGCUCUUGAGGAUGCAAGAGAGCUUAAUAGUGAUCAUUUUCGAAAAUAUCAAGAGAAACUUCGUUCGAUUAAUCCUCCGUGUGUUCCUUUUUUUGGUAUGUACCUGACUAACAUCCUUCAUAUUGAAGAGGGAAAUCCUGACUACUUGCCAAACUCUCCAGAACUUAUUAACUUCAGCAAACGACGGAAAGUAGCUGAAAUAACGGGUGAAAUACAACAGUACCAGAACCAACCUUAUUGUUUAAAGACUGAACCAAAGAUUCGGCAUUUUUUGGAAACACUGGCACCAUUUGAAGAUAUGAAAGAUGCAGAUAUCAGCAAUUACUUGUACAAUAAGUCAUUGGAAAUAGAGCCUCGUGGUUGCAGACAGCCACCUAGAUUUUCUCGAAAAUGGCCAGAUUUGAAUCUUAAAUCACCUGGUAUUAAACCACGCAACCUCCCUGGUCGCAGUCAUCCUCCUGGCCCAUUGCCUUCUUUGGGAGAGCGUCAUCUGUUUCCUUCCACAAACCGCUUGCCAGAGGAUGGAGAAGAAACAACCACCCCACGAACACCACACACCUGCUCGGCUCCACAUACACCUCCACACCAUGUACCAACACCUGCAUCCUCAGCUGCCGACUUCUCUGUUUUUGCAAACAUUAUGAUUGGGCAAGCUGCUCCUUCUUUUGGAAGUUCUGGCAACCAGUCUCCUGGCCCUAUAUCUUCAACACCAGCCCCAAGUUAUCCCAGUCUGGUACCAGCUUCAACUUCGGCAACAGCUUCUGCAUCUGCGUCUCCCGCUACGUCUCCUGCAAAUACUGGUGGCACGAGCCCGUCUUUUUCUCUUCAAGGACACAGUCACUCCAGCAUGCAGCAGAUACCUCAGUCUGGCACUCAGAUGCAGAGUUCCUCCCCCUCCUGCACUGCAGCUCCAGUGCCGAGCCCUCGGCUGCCGCCACCCCUGCCUCCGAGGAUCCGACGGCGAGAGAGUUCAGUCAGUGAAAGCUCUGCCUCUUCAGCAGUCAGUUCACAUCAGAUCCGGCAGGCUCCAGAUGCACCACAGCUACCUCCUCGUGAUCCCUCACCGCCGCCGCCUCUACCUCCACGUCUCGGUCUGGUGUCUUCUGCGAGCCUCCUGUCGGUGUCGUCUGCAGGAGCAUCGGGCACCGUGCCACGUGUGCAGCCAGUUGGCAGUUCUGCCAUACUUGUAAGACGUAAUUCUGCCAUGGAGAUAACGCAUCCUCCCGGCUCUCCUGCAUCCUCUGUAGCACCAGCACCACCACCGUCACGUCGCCAUAUGUCUGUGACGGGAAAUGGGCCUGUACAUUCGUCCACACACAACCUUUCUUCCUCCGUAUCCAGCAUCGGCCACCAGGCGUCUAGAUCACUUCACAGUGACGAAUGCUUAACUGGCUCACUACCACGUCAGCACAACCAUCACACUGUCCAUCGCACACCGCGCCUGCCACCCAGACCGAUUGUCAACAGGCACAUUCCACCACCCACAUCAUUUCAUUUUAAUAGUCAAAGCUAGUGCCUGCUUCUCAUGGGGCUGAAGUAUUUGUGUACGUACUAAUUUAUUUAAAGUGUUGGUGUAUAAGAAUAUUUUGCUGACGACAGGUGGAAAAUCUGUGAGUGGCUUUAAUAUGACGGUGUUUGUGAACUGCAGCUAUGUAGCCUUUAUUUUUGCAUAGAGCUUAAAAAAAUACUACUACCAUAUGACUGUGAGCCAUUCGUUGAAAGUUUGUGGUGAACUGUGUGCCUCUUGGUGGACUAGUUGAUGGGUGUUGAUGGGGACUUUCAUAUGUUACAUUUUUCCACUGUGGUGACAUCUGAGCAGGAUUUUUGUGAAAGUCAAAGAAUAAUCCAUAAAGUUAAUGAUGGCUGUGUGAUUGCUGAUAUGUUAUGAGACAAGUAAGAUAUUUAUUUAUUUCUGACAAGGUGGGUGGACACCAGUUAACUGGACCAAAUGCUAUAAUCUGUCCAGCCGUUCAGAGUUUGGGACGUAUGGAUAAGAAUGUUGACAGUGUGUCUUGUUGCCUGACGUAACCACCUGAGGAACCCAGACAAAUUUAAUGUCUAUUUUUGCUAGCAACUUGUUCAUAUUUUGGACAUUUUGUGUGAUAGUUGAGUAGAACGGGUUUAUGGACUAGGAUAGUGUGUUUACAGUAUUUAGAACUGUUAAAUGGAAUGUGUUUGUAAGAGUUAUAGCCAGAGGAACAAUGAAUAUAGUACAAAUGUUUUCUAUUGCUUCUGCUAAAGUAGAAUUCUGUUGAUAUUUUGAUUUGUUCCCUUACAUAACCCCUAUUUUCUAUUAUUAAGAUUGGUGCACUAUGCACAAGAAUAAUGUGUAAUAGAUGUAUUCACAAUUGGAGUCAUUUUACCCUCAAAUCUUAUGUUGUUACCUUUUUGCUAAAACUGCAUCUACAUACAUCCUUUCAAGACUUUUUACAGUUUUAUUUCAUUGAGAAAAAAAAAAAUCUCGAUAGUGUUUAAAAACAUUUUUUCGCUAUCAUUGUCUGGAAAGGAAAUUGCCAGUGUUUUAAUCACCAAGGAAGCCUUAGGGUUUGUAAAUUAAAUUAGGAUUUGUUUUUUUUUUAAGACUUAUUUGCACAUAUGUUAAAAUCCUGUCUAUGUAACAUUUUUUCUCUCUCUCUCCUCUAUGAAGUUGUGUGGAAAAUGGAAGAGUAAUGUAAAUUGUAUUGCAGUUGUUUUCCUGUUUUACACAUCUCAGGUGAUUAAGUAUUAAGAAAAUGACAUCACUUGCCUAAUAUAAUUGGUUUGAUGUAGCCUGUAUUAGGGUAACAGUUUCAUCUUGUUUGCUAUGUAGAUGUUUUAUACUGCAUUUAAAGAAGAAAAAUGUGUUUCGUUAUUGAUUCCUUAAAAAUAAUUUUGUGGAACAUUUGAAUAUGUUUGCUGGUUUCAAGUUGGACAUAAUUUUCUGGACAAUUCAUAAAUAGCUUAAAAAAUUGCCUUAUUUUAUCAUACAUGUAUGUGAAUAAGAUACAGUCUGAUAAUUUGAGUGCAUCUUGGAAUAGUGAAAUGUUCAUACUUCAUCUUGGAGAAUGUGGGCACAACAAAUAGUGCUGCUACUCACUUGCCCCCCAUCCCCUUGUUCCAAAAAAAGAAGCCACAGCUCGAUAUUGCCACAUAGUUAUUUAUGCAUCGCAAACAAGUUUUAUUUGUAGGUGGAUGUGCAGGUAUUUCGGGUGAGGUUGUGACUACAGACUUGCAUGAAAUUCAAGCUUGUUGAUAGUAAAAUCAGCACUUUUUAAACUAAAGAUAAUUGUGUAACAUAUACUGUCUUUUUAUGGAUUCUUGUGCAGAGGGGAAGUUGGAGCUCAAAGCUUGUGUGUGCAGUGUAAUUGAUGGGCAUAUCUUGUCUUCCUGAAUGUCACGUGAAUGAGUAUUACUUGACAUUCCACUUUACCCAAGUCAUAUUGUAGUUUCCUGUUAACGUGCUACAAGAAAGAUUGCAUAAAAGAUUUUUUAAGCUACAUUCUUAUGGUGUCAGAUGCUUCAACAACAACUCGAGUGUACAUAUAUUGUUGACUAAAUUAAAUGAAGUGUGUCAGUUCUGUUCUGAUUCUACAAUACAGCACCAUUAAUGGCUAGAGGCUUCAUGCCUGAUGCUGUUGUUAGGUUUUGAAUGUAAAUCAGAAGUUUGGUGCUCUGUUGUUCCUAGAAUGUGAAAUGAACACAUUAUAUAUAUUAUCUAGUUUCUUAUUAUAAUGCUCCAUGAGUAAAUUAUGUCAGUGUUAGAGGGGUGCUUCAUGAUAUGUAGAAAAAAAUUAAAUGUACUGUAGUAUUUUAUUUGCCAUGACGGAAUAAGGAGUGUGAACGAUAAUGCAAUUUAAAUUAAGUAAAACUUUUUUGAGUUAGUUUUCUUGGCAGCCAAUCAUUUGCAGAACUUUUUACAUUAUGCGCUUUCAGUUCUGUGUAAUAUGUGUUAUUUUUUAGAGACUUGCAGUAAUUUUAUGUAUGUGAAAAAGAUGGGGACCAUCUAUGUGCCAAAUACAUUGUAGAUUUCUAUUUUCAGUACUUUGUUUGUCUGAGGUGAGGUAACGUUUAUGGCAGCUACAUACAAUACUGACCUGCAGUUUUUAAACAUACUGUUACUUUGUCUGUUGUUAAGUUACACUUUAUUUAAUUACUUUGGGGGUGUAAUGUUCCCUUUGUGUGCCAUAAUUUCAGUGAUCUGUACGAACUGAGCACAUACUCUCUAUUUUGAAAGAAUCAUAAUAUAAACUGAAUGAAGCAGUAAUGUAAGAAUUAAUUAUGGUAAUUGUGGUGUUGUAAUUCUUACCGUUUUUUUAUGAUUCACAACAAACUUUUUUUGUGAGGCUUGUUAUCUCCACACUUUUCUGGACUACAUCUUAUUAGAGUAUAACAUGUGUAGCACCAAUUUGUGCCCUGGAUUUCAUUAAUAUUUUUCCGUUGAUGUAUACGAGUUGCAGUUUCAGUGUUAAUCACUCUUGAUGUAGAUGUUGCACGUAUGUGCCACAAAAUUAUUGAUUACUUACCUUUAGCUACAACUCCCCUCAAAAGGAAUGAAGUUACUAAUAGAAAGCAAACACGCCCAAAGCUUGUAAGUAAUGUGAUUCUAUUUUGUUUAAGUAAAAUAACUUUUUUGUUAAUACAUCAGUGUCGAACACUGCGCGUUCAUCGUUGUGACAGUGCGCAAUGGAUCUUUACCUUUCAAAAACAUUAUUUUGCAAACAGUUUGCAUAGAAAAGUGUUAUGUGCAUUCCUAAUUACUGGCUGAUGAAUGUAACUUACAUAUGAAAGGUGGGAUCUGAGCUGCCCUUGAUUCAGUGUUUGCAGGUUUUACCUGCUUUGGAUCAUAUGUUUUCUGUGUACUGUGUUCUUAAUCUUCAGAGUUGUUAAAAUAUUUAUUUUGCUCCCAACUUGAAUUACAGCAAAGCACUUCCAGCUGCCAGAAGUAUAUUGCACAGAGAUUUUGCUGUCAAUUUGCCUUCAUUAAAUACAGCAAUGUAGGUAAAGAUAGAUUGCUACUUACCAAAAGUAUUGGUCUAUCUUUUCAUAGGUUGUUGAUAUUCCUACAUGGAGCUUCAUUAAAUAAAAAUAUUCUAGCUUUGAAUUUGUCUUAAUAGUAAAACUACACGCCUUCCCAAACCUCAAUUUGUUUCAUUUGCUAUAGGGCUUUCUCUCCAGUGAAAUGAAAAAUUCUGCAGUAAUUGGUAGAAAUCAUGUGCUCAUUGACACCAUAAUUUUCAAGAGGGGUUGGGUGGUAAUAGUCGU